AGAUUAUCAAAUUAUUAUUAGUGGGCGUAUUUGUAAAUAAUGGGCGUAGAUCUAAUAAGUAAUAAUCCACAAAGACGAGGUGAACUUGAUAAGAUGACAUCUAAAAACCCACAUAAGAAAGACGAAGCUAAAUCCAGUGACGAAUUAUCUGGUGACAAUGUAUCUUCUUUCUAUGAACCGCAAGAACCAGAAGAGACCAGUCCCUCUGACAAUGACAGUAAACCUGAAUUUGUUCCCGGGGGCUUUGGUUCAUACCAAGAUGAUAGUGAAUUUGCUGGUACUCUUGAUGAUAUUCCCGUUACACUGGAGGUUAAACUCCUAGCAAGGCCACUUGAUGAGGAGAUUUCGUAUGAUGUUUUUUGGAGACUCAUUCUCAAUGAAAAAGUUCCAGUGACAACAAGUCUUGUAGCAGUGAUGGGUUUACCUAGUUCUGGAAAGACAGCAGUUUUAGAAUCUAUUCUGAGGCAAAAAGUAAAAGUGAAAGAUGGAGCAAAAAUUGAUCAUUACUUUGAAAGAAAGAAAAAUGAACAGUGUCUGUCAAUAUAUGAGCUGUGUGCUCUUGGCAGUUCACGGCAUAACAUGUAUGCCUGGUCCUUUGCCACCAAGCGCUAUGGAGCAAUAUUUUCAAUUCUUUGUGGUCUCAUUCGUCAGUACCCAAUCAUAUCAAGAAUUGUGUUUAAACUCAGAAAUCGAAAGCCAGAUUCUGUCAUUGACCAACAUGUUCAAUGGUUGAUGGCUAAUAUUCAAGAUUUAUUUAAGAAAAUUGAAGAUGACUCGGACAAACUCACCCUCAUUCAAGAAGGCGUUUCUCUUAUUAACGUAAUGGAUGUUGGCGUCAACAAAGCUCUUUACGACUUUUUAUCUAUGAUGCUGCUCUCUUGCGGCAGACACAUUCGUCUUGCUUUCUUUUCAUUGAAUAGAGAUGGGCCUAACCUUGGUGAGAAACCCGACCUACCAUCUCAACGUUAUGGAGAAAGAAGAGAUGAUGUAUUAGUUAUGCAGCAAAGGUCACGACUCACAUAUCUCCUCCAUUUUGCUACGGUUGGUUACACCACAAAAGACCAGCAUGAACAAGAAACAGAGAAUGCUACUGUUAUGAUAGCAACAAGGAAAAGUCCAGCAACAGGAAGCACACCUUCACUGGAUCAAGCCAAAGAGGAAAUAAUUGAGCAAGCAAGAUCAAGAGGUGUAGACCAGUUUCUAAAGAACUGGAUAGUAAUUGAUAUUGAUGACAACCAAUCCAUUAAUAAAGAAUUUGGUCAGAGGAUGGAAGAUAUUAUCAAGAACAAAUAUGAGCAGCUCACAAUACAGCUCCCCCUUCGAUGGAUAUUUUUGAGGAGUCUUGUCGUGUCACUGGACAGUACUGAAACAAAGGCAAUUAUCCUGUCCAAGAAAUAUAUCAUAGAAAUGGCAGAAAAGCUGAAUAUGAGAGAGGACGAAGUCGAAAAUUUUCUAAAAACAUUCACAGAUUUUGGCAGCAUCCUCUACAUGCCUCAGUAUGAGGAUAUUAAAGAUAUUGUCAUUGUCAAUAUUUGGGAGUUCACUCAGUACCUGAACAAACUUUACUAUCCUCAGAAAAGGGAAUCAUAUGCUACCAAUUUGCUAAAGUAUGGAAUCAUAUCACAAUCAUCCAUAAAGAGAAUCUUCUACAAGUAUCCUGUUGUAUUUGCUGAAAAUUUUAUGAAAGUUCUUACGACUAUUGCAAUGGCCUCAAAAAUCAAAAGUGGUCAGUCUAUUCUCAUUGAUGAGAACCCUCUUUGGCCUGAAGUGCACUAUUAUUUACCACUAGCAAGAAUUCGUGAAGUGUACACACCAUCAGAAGAAGAGAAUGAUUAUCUUUCAUUGAGAUAGAGAGUGUCAACUUCCCAGCCAAUGUACAAGCUGGCAUUAGCAAUGCCAUUAUGAAUAAUAAUGAUGAUGCUGUUCUUAUUGCUACAGACUACAGCAAUGUCUCACAAUUUCAAUUCCGAUCUGAAAGUGGUCCUCCUAUUGAAAUAGAGAUGAUAUACAAAGGAAGCAAGACAAGAUUAAGAAUAAUGAACAGCUCCAAUGACAUUGUCACAUCUCCAGCAGCAGUUGAAGCAUGUUACAAAGUAAUCACUGCUUCAUGUCGAUGUCUU